UGAGAUCUAAUUUUAGAACACAAACGGAACGAUCUGGAAAGUGGAAUAUCUUUCUCUUCAUUUUUGUUUCGAAAACACAGAAUUAUGGGGGUACAGAGACAAUAAAUGUAACGCAACCAACGUUUAUGGACCAGGGAGCGUCCUUUCUUCCAAAACUGUCCCCGGGUCUUUGUCAGGUAUCGUGGUGCAUCGUGGGGGGAGGAGAUGCUGCUUCACAGUGGUUUGGAUGCUAGGCACCUUGUGCAGAUGCUGGGGGAAGCCUUGAACAAGGAACAGGAACAAUGGAAGCCAGUUUCAUACAAAGCAACUUCAGAGGAGCUGAGUGGAGGGCAGAGGGAUGAGAAGGCAUCAUGGUUGGUGUUCCUCAACUCUAAGUUUCACUUCAUGCCUGAAACUUUCAACUUGGCUGUAUCCAUUCUGGACCGGUUCCUUCAACUUGUUAAGGUUCGCCCCAAGUAUCUGCACUGUGUCUCAGUCAGCUGUUUCUAUAUAGCUGCCAAAACACUGGAAGAAGAUGAGAUGAUCCCCAGCACCCUGGAUCUUGUGAGGCAGAGUGAGUGUGGCUGCUCCGUGUCGGAAGUUCUCCGUAUGGAAGCAAUAAUUCUCAACAAGCUCGGCUGGAAUCCGAAGCAUGUCACAGCCAUCAACUUUCUUCACAUUAUUCAUGCGGUGCUGAUGAGACAUCACCCCCACCUGUUGGACAGUCUGAUACAGAUGACCCCCUCAAGUCACAUGACCAUUCUUACACGCAAACUGUUUGCGUGUCUAUGCUGCCAUCAUCUGCUUGCCUUCCGACCUGUGAGCCUCGUUUUGGCUCUCAUCAGUUUGGAAAUUGAGCAGAUAACAGCGGCAUGGCUGCCUAGCAUCAUUUUGCUGCAGAAGAUGACCAAGGUCGAUAGUCAAGAUCUCAUUCGGUGUCGAGAGGUUGUAGCCCAAUUCCUUGAGCAUCGCCGCCAGAGAGUCACUUCGUAUAAGUUCAAGCCUGUGCCUGUCCGAAAUAAGUCGAAGAAGCGCAAGGUGGCUCCCAGCGGCAGUGACGAGGAAGAGGAGUUCUAUGAUGGAUUCAAGCGUCUUUACAAUGAAGAAUCCUGCUCUUUUGAUAAACCGACAUCUUUGAGGGGCUCAUGUGGGUCAGAGAUGCACCAGGAUACUGACGGAGAACUGUAUCCUCAAGUACAGACUAUCUGUGCAAAUUAGCAAUCAUAGAUACCUUGGCAAAUAGACACUGUCUGUUUGUGCAAGGGUGUUUAGCCAGUUUGUGUGGAAGCAGAAGCUUUCUGCACAAACUACUUGGCUAAUGAGUUUCGCCAAGAAGAUGACUUGAACCGUCACAUAUCUGACGGUUCAUAGUUAUCCUUCCUCUGAACCAGACCUCUGCAGUUUGCACAUUUAGUGUUGUCUGUGUUGUUGUAGAGGCAGAAAGUAUUCCUCUUUGUGUAACAUUAUGGGUCUUGUUCCAAGCACAAUUUAUUGACUAUUUUAUUACUGCAAGCAGUCUUGUAUGGUGGUUUAAUAUGUUUUACAUGUUUUAUGAUUAUCUUACCUCCAUCUUGAAAGCUUUCAUUUUAAUACAUAGGGAGAUUGGGUAUAAUCUCAAACCAAUGUUUGAACAGUUUUAUUUCGAGUCUUUGAAAAUGGAAGUUGAUUGUUUUACACAUAGGUUAAGCCACCAUACAAAAAGCAGACAUGUUUUAAUUUUCAUAUAUGCUGCAACCUGACCACUGACAUAAUCACUAAAUAAUCAGUAACCAACAGUGCAUAGUCAGUAAAAAUGAAACAAAUGCUUUGAAAAAGAAGAAAAAAAACUACAAAGAAAGAAAUACCUGAAAAAGUCAAAUGUCUUUCAUGUGUUAUUGUGUAUAUUGUACUAUAUUAGUCUGUUGGCUUUAGUUGUGAACUCUACAGGCUGUAGACUAACAAACAUUCUUUGCUCUUGAUUAAACCAAAUGUUUAUGUGGGAAGCCAUGUUGCAUCAAACGGCAGCAGAGAGUUUUGUGGCAACACCUAAGAUCCAUGGUGUUCUGGACCAGUCUAAGUAUUCAGUUGUAUAGGCUGUACAUAUUUGCUUGAUGGACACAGAAAUGCUUGUUUUCAUAGUGUAGAGGAAAUUAAGUAUUUGGCCACAUAGUGUUGUAUAUAGUUUUGUUACCGGUUUGGCCAUUUUACGAGGAAAAGAUAGUACAUGUUAAACUGAACUAUUUGUCGUCAAUGCAGAUACUUGAAGCGUGUUUUCCUGAUAUCUGAAUAUCACUAGUUACAUAGUCUUCAAAGAAAAUGUAUAUACAAACCACCUGAAUAAUAUAUUGAUGUUUAUUAUAUGAUUAUAAUGUAGAUAUUGAAUGUCAUUAUGACAUUGAUGUAAAAUAAAUCCAUGACUUAUGAAUCCAGAUAAAACAAGCAUUUCUGUUGUCAAAAUUAUCUUAUAGUAAUAUAUUGUGAAAAGCUGUAAGUAUAGAAGCCAUUUUGAUACUUCAUGAACGGUUAUGACUGAGCCUGAGUCAAACAAAAUGUAUAUGAUGGUGUCAUUGUAAUAUAUCAUGAUUGUGUGCACGACUAACAGAGCUCAACUCCGGCCCUGCUCAGGGGAAAGAUAAAUCAUGUGGGCUUACAUUUGCAGAACCAUUGUCAGGAGUUUGGUUGUAAAUCUUUCCUGGCCGUGUUCAGAAUAGUUCUCCUGGAGAGACCGCAGACCCAUGUGAUUUACCUCAAACUUGGGCAAGAUCAACCAUUUAUCCCACCUAACACUCUGGCAAACAUUUUAGAAGUUCUUUAUUUCUGAAAUUUCCCCAUGUACAUCAUGUAAAAUACUUUCAUUGCACUGCCACAUUGUAAAUGUCAUCAUGAUUCAUUUCAUUAUGUAAAAAAAAAUCAGUUCAGCCUUUUUUUUGUGUUGAUAUUCCUCAUGAAUUAGCUUGCAACAUUGUAGCUGUUAAGUUGAGUCGACUGGACACAAUCAAACUAGGGUGCUGCAAGUUUGCUGGCUGAAGCGAGUUGAGCUCUAGUUGGUUAUUACAAGAUGGAACGAGUCCCAACUUCAGGAACAUCUUCAAGAACAAACUGUAUUGUUAUUUCUAUGGUGCUCUUGUGACGAACAGUGAAACCUGCUUUAAGGUAAGAGAAGUAGGUCUUCUUGGACACAGCCCUUGUCUAUAGGAGACACAUCUGUGGGAUACACCGUGGAUGAAGUUUGAACUGUUGUGGUCUGUCAUCUAGUUCACAUGUAUGUUUCACGAGGCAAGAGUUAGUACUUUCUUUUUAUUUUAUAUCUACAUAUUAAGUCUUUUCUGCAGGGAUUGUUUGAUGAUGUGAUGCUUUGGACUGAAUUUCUAAAUUGACGUUGACAUUGUCCUCAUGUCAUCUUCACAUGCUGUUGAUCAAUCUUGAAAACAAACAAAAAUAAUUUCUUACAUGGUUUUAAUCUGAACACUUUCGUUAUCAUCUGGAGUUUAUUUUGUUUUUCUGUGUUAUUAAUUUAUUAUGCCCACAGUUAUGUUUGAGUUUAUUCCAGGUAACUACAUGUGUAUCCAAUCUGAGGGGAUAUGUAGCUGCAUAUUUCUGUACAUUGUUAGUCUGUUAUUCUGUAUGUUAUGUUGACUUUGCCUGUUAUAAAGUUAGGCAGGUUUCACUGUAACUGAGAUUCCCACAUCUAGCCAGGUUUCCGUGGUUACCACUGGCCUAUCCUGAAUGACCAUCACCUGGACAGUCGUGACGUUUAUAUGGGAUUUUGUAUGCAGGUGAUAAGCCUCAUGCUACUGUAAGCAUUGGACUAUAAUCUGUGUGCUGUAUCAGAAUGGAAGGAUGAGCUUGUGCCUCACUCUCCCCAGGUUAGGGGGCGUUAAGUGGUGGCUGUAUGUUGUCUGAUGUCAAGCAUGAAUGAUCUGCUGUACCAACAGCUUGGCGAGAUUAAAUGACAUCAAAACGAAAA